UGUACAUGAAAUAGUCACGUUAUGCUUAGUCUACUUUUUUAGUCAUCAAAUUGUAAAAAAAUACUAUUCUAGAGGCCACUCCCUUUAACAAUAGUUCUACUUGCUCUUUGGCCACAAAGGUAAUUGAAGUUUGUGUUUUUCUCUGGUUGCUGCCCUGGCAAAGGCUGAUGUGAUUUUUCAUUUAUAAAUGAUGUGUUAUAACCCUGCCUAGAAUUUUAAAACUUCCAAAGAGUACAGGAAAACAGAAUAAUGCAGUUCUGCACUGUUGUGGGUUCAUUUAUGCCAAUGGUAAAAUGCUUAGCCCUGGUAAUAAAAUAUUUAUAGAGUACAUAAAAGCUUUCUUCAAUUUUUCAUUGCCCAGAAAAUAAACAAUAUAGAAGGAAAAGUUGAAGAGCACAAGAGAAUGCUUAUUCUGAUAUGUAGUCUUCACCUCAUGCAGUAACCUCACUUAAUAGACAUAUUUGGGUUUUUGCCAGUUUUCAUUCAGAUUUGGUGGCAUACAGCCUGGAGGUGGUAAACCAUGUAAAUGCACUAUAAGAGAGAAAGGGGAGAACUUCCUCCAGGAAGGAGAAGCAGGGCACCAGGCAGCAGGGUUGGGAUUCCUGCUUGGCACUGCCACUGUGUCCUUAGGCAAGUCAGCAUCUCUGGGCCUGUUUCAUCUCCAAGAUAAGGGAAUUAGACUCACUGACCUUAAAGCCUUUCCAAGGUUAAAAUUUUUAUCUAAAUGGACAUAUAUCAAAUUACAGGGUAGACCUGUCAAAUCAUUUUUUGGUCCUUGAUGGUGAUUUUAUGUUGUAUCCCUUUUCUCUCCUCUCAACAAAUGGUUGUGAUAGGCCCCUUACCAUCCAUUAAAUUUGAUACAGAGUGAUAUUGUUUAACUAAUUGGCACAUCUCUCCUGAAUUCUGUUUUCCAGAAGUGACAUUUUCUGUUUUGGGGGGUUUUUUCUGUUUGUUUUGAUUUAAGAGCUACUCUGUUGUAUGAGAGCAAGGUUAAUCUUAAUUAUUAAUGAGAAGUCUGAUUAUGUAUAAAUUCUAACAGUUACUAUGAGUACAUUGGGUAUACAGUGGUGAACAAAACAGAUACGAUAUAUUGGCUAUUGUUGGGUAAGAUAUACAUUGAAUAAAUUUUAGAAAGUAUAAUUCAUAAAGAGAGGUUCAAGGAUCUACCAUGAGAACAUGUAAUGGGCAACCGUGCUUAGUUCAGAAACAUUUCUAGGAGGAGAUUACAUUUAAACUGAACACACUGAUAAAUGAAAUAUUACUGGUGGUUCAAACCACUAAUAUGAGAAGUUAAGUCCUAAUCUCCAGUUUAUUUACACAUUAUCAGGUGCCUGUACUGUGCCAGGUGUUGAGAUAGGUGUAGGGAAAAAAAGUUGAAUAACAUUAUAUGGCUUGUGCCCUUAAGGUGCUACAGACAGACAUCUCAGCAAAGAAAGUUUUGGGGGUGUUUGAUAUGUGUCUGAUACAGUGCAGAUUAAAACCUCCACGGAGCUGAGUUGUGGUAGAAAGGAAGGCCUCUUUGAAUGUUCAGAAGCUACCACGUAGAACACUAAGGAAUGCUUCCCCCACAAUAGCAGAUGCUAUUCAACUCACAGAGUUUGAGAUUUUGGGGGCUGAGGGAUCAGGGAGUUUCCCGGGUGUUGGGAUGAUUCUCAUGAUUUUGGAAUUCACAGCUGGGCCUUUAAUUUCUAUUUUUUUCUCCUCAUUUCUGCUUACCCUUCUGUAAAAGUCUUGAAUGACACUUGAGAUAUGUGUUUUGGAACAGUCUUAUAAUAGGAUGGUUUUUAUUUCAUAGAGCAGAAAAAUACCAACAGCUUAAAAAAUGAGGGACUUAUAUCACAUGAAUCUUGAAGUAUGAUGUUCCAGGGUUGGUUAAUUCAGUACAAAGACUAUCAGUCUUUUCUUCCUUUUUUUUCUCUGAAGUAUAUUUGUCUCAUUCUUGGGUUAGCUUUCUUCAAAGUCACUAAAUGGCAGAAGAAACUGAAGGUGAGGGGUGGAUACAUACUCAUUAUGGCCAGGGGUGGGAAAGGUAUUAUUUUUUCUCAGGUGUCUCUUUUUUCAGUGAGGAACUCCUUUAUCCAAAGUCCUUUGGCAAACUGUAUCUUUGUUGCCCACUGGCCAGAAUCAUUUUAUGUUUAACAUUUAAACCAAUCCCUGGGAAGGCUUUAGAUCCGUCUGGGCCUGGUGCCAUUUCUGAAGGUCUUGGGGCAGAGAAUAUGUGACCAGAAUAGCAUUGGGGUAGGAAGAGGAUUGAUGGUACAUGGCUGCUACAAACAUGCUCAAGUAAAUGGAGUAUAGUCUAUAUCAGAGCUACUCAAGGCAAUACUGGCAGCAUUCAUUUAUUAGAAUUGCAUAUUCUCCUCACUCCAGACCCAGAGGCAGUAUCUCUGGGAGCUUGCCCAGGAAUCUGUGUUUUUACAAGCCCUCCAGGUUAUCUGUAUGCAUAUUAAGAUUUUAGAAGUAUUAUUGAGACAAGAACUUGGAGCCUUUAGGCAUUCUGCUUGAGCACUUUCAUUAGCUUCGGCUACUCAAAAAAGUACUUCAGUUUGGCUUUUAAGAUGUGCCUGGCUAAGGAAUUUGUAUUUCUUUCCCAUCAAAUGAAAAUCUCAUCAAAUGGAGGAGAGAAGUGAUAUGAUUAGAGUUGCAGUUUAGGGAAUGAAUCCAUUCUGCCUGGUCCCACCAGAUUAGAGCGACAGAUGGGUAGAUAGUUAGAAAGCUGUUGUCAUCAUGACCAGGAGAGUGAAAUUAAGGUAGCAGCAGUGGGAAUGGAAAGCAAUGAAUGGAAUGGUAGCAAUUCAACUAAGAAGUUUGGUAUUGGAUUGGAUGUAAUGUGAGGGGAGAGGAGGGAAGAGUCAAAUGUGACUGAGAUUUCUAGGUCAUCUAGAAGUGACUAGGAGAAUGUUAAUGCCACGCAGUGCCGGGACAGGAGGGGUGGAGGCAGGGAGAUGAAUUUACUUUAGAUGAUGAGUUUUGUUUUGGACAUGUUGAGUUUAAGGUACCCAGCUGGGUAUCCAAGUACAAGAGGUCUAGAAGGCAGUAGGGAAUGUGAGCCUAGAGCUCAGGAAAAAGAUCAGGAUGAGAGACUAUUUGGGAGUUAUCAGUAAGGAGAUCGAUAAGGGAAUGAUUGAGGGGGAAAAUGGUCUGGGGACAGAAUUUUAGGACACCCAGGGAGUAGGAGAAGAAAGGAGGAACCAGUUAUGGAAACUGAGGCAUGGUUAGAGAGGUAGGAGAAGAUGUAGCAUAAUAUUGGGUAGCUGAAUCUAAAGAAGAAGUGCAUCCCUAGGAGGAAUAUUCACGAACAACUGAGUUUCAAGGAUUGCAGUAAGAGCCCAGGAGAGGCUGAUUAGCUUUAAUAGGUCAUAAAUCUAGUCAGCAUAUGUCCUCUGCUUUAUUCAUGAUUAUUUCCAGUUGCCACUGUGUUCUUAGAGUUUUGUGCUUAUUUGGAUCACAGCUCAUUUUCUGGUUGAAGAUUAAGUGAGCUCACCAAUUCUGUAACUUUGGGUACCUCUCUGUGUGGGUUUCCAAGGAAGGUUGGGACUGAUCACAUCUAAUGAGUAGUGGGAGGUGGCCGGGGAGGAAGGGCUCCUCACGUUCUUCAUUGCUCUAGGUGUUCUCUCUGAGCUGCUCCUUGUGAAGCUAGCUUUCUGCUUUGGAAUGUGAAGUUGUUUUGUUUGUGCCAGUAUCAGGAUGUCAGGGAAGGGUAUUAUGUAUACUUCUUAGUUGCUAAAAUGGAUAAAAUGAAAUACCUGAAUUAAGAAACGAAAACAAUCACUUGCUAGAUUGAAUGUCUCCUACUUCUCAAUUCUAUUCCUUUCCUCCUCCUCUUCUCCCCCCGCCCCCGCCCCCUCCUUUUUUUGGCUUUAGUUGGAUAGGGGAAAGACCAUGGUGUUGAAAUCUUAGUUCUCGGGAACAGGAAAGAGUUAGGAAAUUGAGGUGGGGGAGAGCUUCUAAAAAGCUACUUCCUGUUCUAUCCCCAAUUUACUAUAUUGUAAUUAAGUCAACUAAGACAAUUCUAGUAAACCCAGUUUCAUGUGGUAGGCGGUUUCCUGUCUGUUGCACUGGGCAUAAAAAGGCAUUCUGAUAGAAAUGAUUUUGGAGGAGAGUGUUAUUUAGGGAUUUUGUGCCAAAGAUUAAAGAGAGCCAGACAAGGAGAUAAAAAUGAGCAGGAUAUUUCUACCUCACUGUGGUAGAAUUGGGCUCAGAAUAAAUUGGCUUAGCUUCCAGCAUUAGCCUGCUCUGUGACCUUGGGUAGGUCAUUUAACUUUUCAACCUCAGUUUCCUCAUCUGUAAAGUGUUGAGGGUAGAUUAAAUGCUCCCUCUCAUCUCUAAAAAUGUUUUGAUUUGAUGACUGAGGUAAUGAAAUGUUUGAUUUCUAAAAUACUCUCUCUAAAGUGGAGGGGGAUCAAUUCUCUAUUGCUAGGAAGUGAGGCAGGACAAAACGUCUUAGGAGGUUAGAAAGCUUACAUUAUUCAGUAGAUUCUUUAAUUGACCUUCCAUUAGAAACACAGCUGCCAUUGCCAGAAGUGAAACCUGAGAAUGUUAAGUCCAAGAAACCUAAAUUCUGUUCUUCUUUUCCUACCAGAAAUUCCAGAUCUUUGUUAAAAAAAUCAAGAUGAAUAAAAGAGGUCACUGCAGAGGGAAGUGGUUUCUAGUUCCAUGCUUUCUAGUCUGUGCCAGGUGCUUAAGAAUAGACACGUGUCCUGAUUAAACACACUUCUAUAUUCUUGAAAAUUCUUUAUUCCUUAAAAUCUCUUACUUAUUCUUUAAUCACUUAAAGUCAGAACUUCAUAGUAGCACUUUGUCCAGGGGAAGGGGAAGGAAACAGCAGCGGAAUGUGGUGGAAAAGGUAAUAGGCUUGUAACGUUCUUUUGUUGUAAAAGCUGUUCAGAUUUAUAGAGAGGUAGAAGGAAUACAAAUGUUCCUCAUUUGUGUUUGGUGCUAUAUCAAACCAAUGGGAGGAGUCAAGGUUAGGGAUAUUUGUCACAACUCGAGUUUGAAUCUGUCUGGGUUUUUUUGAAGCUGUGUCUGAAGAUUGGAUCUACUGCAUCUGGCAGAGAUCACCAGUCUUUGUUUGCUAGGCUUGGAAGGGAGGAUAGUAUGGGUUUUGUGUGUUUUGACCUUAAAUCACAUACAUGUGUAGGCUGUUGUUCUGAGAGGGUGUCUCUAAAGUUUGGUUCCCCCCCCCCCCCCCCCCGCCAGGAGCUGUUCUCAUGUCUCAGAGGGCUACUAUAGUUAUUUUUAAACUUUGUAGUUACAUUUAAUUUUAUCUCACUUUUGGCAUUUGCCCAGUAUAUUAAGUGAAAUGUUUCUGUCACUGUUCUGUAGGAAUGUGACUGUACAUGCUGACCUUCAAGAUCUAACUUCAACAACAAAGCAGCAAGUCUUAUAGAUGUUUUUGAGUCUAACAAAAAACUUACCUUUAAAAUCAUGAUCUCAGCAAAGCAAUGUCUCAGAAUGGCGCUUCUCAGUUCCAAGAAGUCAUUCGACAAGAACUAGAAUUAUCUGUGAAGAAGGAACUAGAAGAGAUACUCACCACAGCACCAUCCCAUGAGUUUGAACACACUAAAAAAGACCUUGAUGGAUUUCGGAAGCUAUUUCAUAGAUUUUUGCAAGAAAAGGGACCUUCUGUGGAUUGGGGAAAAAUCCAGAGACCUCCAGAAGAUUCGAUUCAACCCUAUGAGAAGAUAAAGGCCAGGGGCUUACCUGAUAAUGUAUCUUCUGUGCUGAACAAGCUGGUGGUGGUGAAACUCAAUGGUGGUUUGGGAACCAGCAUGGGCUGCAAAGGCCCGAAGAGUCUGAUUGGUGUGAGGAAUGAGAAUACCUUUCUGGAUCUGACCGUUCAGCAAAUUGAACACUUGAACAAAACCUACAAUACAGAUGUUCCUCUUGUUCUAAUGAACUCUUUUAACACGGAUGAAGAUACAAAAAAAAUACUACAGAAGUAUAAUCACUGUCGUGUGAAAAUCUACACUUUUAAUCAAAGCAGGUACCCGAGGAUUAAUAAAGAAUCUUUACUGCCUGUAGCAAAGAAUGUAUCGUACUCAGGGGAAAAUACAGAAGCUUGGUACCCUCCAGGUCAUGGAGAUAUUUACGCCAGUUUCUACAACUCUGGUUUGCUCGAUACCUUUAUAGGAGAAGGCAAAGAGUAUAUUUUUGUGUCCAACAUAGAUAAUCUGGGUGCCACAGUGGAUCUUUAUAUUCUUAAUCAUCUAAUGAACCCACCCAAUGGAAAACCUUGUGAAUUUGUCAUGGAAGUCACAAAUAAAACACGAGCAGAUGUAAAGGGUGGGACACUCACUCAGUAUGAAGGCAAACUGAGACUGGUGGAAAUCGCUCAGGUUCCAAAAGCACAUGUUGAUGAGUUCAAAUCUGUAUCAAAAUUCAAAAUAUUUAACACAAACAACCUAUGGAUCUCUCUUGCAGCAGUUAAAAGACUGCAGGAGCAGAAUGCUAUUGACAUGGAAAUCAUUGUAAAUCCAAAGACUUUGGAUGGAGGCCUGAAUGUCAUUCAGUUAGAAACUGCAGUAGGGGCUGCCAUUAAAAGUUUUGAGAACUCUCUAGGUAUUAAUGUUCCCAGGAGCCGUUUUCUGCCUGUCAAAACCACAUCAGAUCUCUUGCUUGUGAUGUCAAACCUCUAUAGCCUUAAUGCAGGAUCUUUGACAAUGAGUGAAAAACGGGAAUUUCCUACAGUGCCCUUGGUUAAAUUAGGCAGUUCUUUUACAAAGGUUCAGGAUUAUCUAAGGAGAUUUGAAAGUAUACCAGAUAUGCUUGAAUUGGAUCACCUCACAGUUUCAGGAGAUGUGACAUUUGGCAAGAAUGUUUCAUUAAAGGGAACAGUUAUCAUCAUCGCAAAUCAUGGUGACCGAAUCGACAUCCCACCUGGAGCAGUAUUAGAGAACAAGAUUGUAUCUGGGAACCUUCGUAUCUUGGACCACUGAAAUGAAAAAUACUGUGCAUACUUUAUACUAAUUAUGGGCUUAAACAGUUUCUUACAAUGAAAUGUUCUCUAGGAUUAUAAAAUAGUCCGGUACUUUACUAUGUUACUGUACCCUGCAGUGUUAAUUUCUAGUUUUUUGCAGUAUGCUUUUAGUCUAUAAAAAGCACAGGUGGAAGCAAUACUUUCUUUUUGAAGAAGAUCCUGAAAGUUAAUUCAUCUUAAAGUGCAAUAUUGUUUAAUCUUAAAACUGGGGGUAGCUCUGCUGGAAAAUCUUUUAACAGAGGCCUCAAUGAUGGUCACUUUGAACUGCUUGUGAUGUUAAAAAUAAAGUUGUGAAGCAAUA